AUGCCAACUCAGCCUCUCUUGGCAUACAUGGAUGGACCGGAUGGAAUAGCCAGUACUGUUGGUGCCCAGAUGGAGAAUAAUGAUGCUUCAAUGACAAUAAAAGGAACAAACACAAUUUCUUACAAAAGCUUGCAAGAAAAAUUUCUCAUGCAAGCUGAGGGAUGCAUGCCUCUGGACUGCAUGUUUUGUGAUGAGACUUUUAAACAUCCUGAAGAACUUGGUAAGCAUGUUUUAACUCAGCAUAGGCCCACUCUUUGUGAACCAGCUGUCCUGCGUGUUGAAGCAGAGUAUCUUAGUCCUCUAGAUAAAUGUCAAGUAAGAACAAAUUUGCCUUCACCAAACAAUGAAAAGGACAGUGAAGAACUUAGUUGUAAAGUUUGUGGACAAACAUUUGAUGAGGCUUUUGAUGUUGAGACGCACAUGAAAAAACAUAAAGAUUCUUUCACGUAUUGGUGUAAUGUAUGUGGAAGAAGAUUUAAGGAGCCGUGGUUCCUCAAAAAUCACAUGAGAACGCAUACUGGAAAGCCUGGUUCUAGAAACAAGCACCAACAAGGUUCUGAAGGCCCUGUAACAAUAAAUGAGGUGGUGCAGGAACAUGUAACUGAAAAUGUAACGUCACCUUACAAAAUUUGUAUGGUUUGUGGUUUCCUAUUUCUCAAUAAAGAGACUCUAAUUGAGCACAGUAAAGUGCAUACCAAAGAAUCAGUACCCAGUAGUGAAAGCCCCCAAGAGACUGGUGAACCUAAGACAGAAGAAACUUCUCGAAAAAAGGAUUUUUUCCAAUUCUUGAACUUAAGACCAAACACGGUUCCAGAAAAUGACAAAUCACAAAAACCUGUGAAAUGGAUCGCUGAACUAGAUCCUUUCAACACAUAUCAAGCAUGGCAGCUGGCUACCAAAGGUAAAGUUGCAGUUGGCCAUGGCCAAGUUAAAGAACCAGGGCAAGAAGGAAACACAGACAAUGAUGAUUCAUCUUCUGAUAAGGAAGAACUUGGUGAAAUUUGGAAUGCAAAUAAAGGUAGCCAGACUGAAACUACAGGGAAGUCAAAAGUAAAUAAAACUGGCAGUUAUACAGGGAAUGGUAACUUAUCCCAAGAUAAACUGAAACAUCCCGGUGGUGAAGUGCCUUCUAUGGAGAUGGAUUCUAAAUUGUCCCAGAACAAGGAGAAACCAACACACUGUUCAGAGUGUGGUAAAGCCUUCAGAACAUACCACCAGCUAGUCCUUCAUUCCAGAGUACAUAAGCGAGACAGACGGACUGAUGGAGAGACUUCAGGUGCUUCGAGGACAUGCUGUGGUGAUAUAAUUGCAAGUCUGGAUGAAAAUGGAGCAGGAGAACGAAUAGAAGGAGGCUCUGAAGAUGGAUCUGAAGACGGGCUGCCGGAAACACUUAAUUUAGAUAAAAAUGAAGGUGGUUUGGAAAGAGCAAAAGUUAAAAACCUUGGAGCCUCCAGAGAAUGCAGCUAUUGUGGAAAGUAUUUUCGCUCAAAUUAUUACCUCAAUAUUCAUCUCAGAACUCAUACAGGUGAAAAACCGUACAAAUGUGAAUUCUGUGAGUAUGCAGCAGCACAGAAAACUUCACUGAGGUAUCAUUUAGAGAGGCAUCACAAGGACAAGCAAGCUGAUAGUGCAGCAGACGUGAAAAGUGAGAGCAAAGUUUCAUUACAGAGUCAGGAACCAGUGCUCUUGCUGGCCGCUGAUGGUGCUCAAGAAACCAAAAAUUUGAAGAGGCUUUUUAAUUGUGCCAAAGAUGCUGAGGGCUGCCCACCUACCAAGCAGCAAAAGGAAGCUCUGUCCUUGAACAAUGCAAUAGGCAGCACUGUCCUUUUAAAAAUGAAAAAUAAUUCUAGGGAAUUGAACAAAGGUUCCAUUUGUAACAAUUCAAAUAAAAUACAUGAGAAUGUGUCCACUCCUUACUCGGAAAAACUAAAGGCUGAGAAGGAAACAAAGGAAGCUCAACACCACAUUCCUCAUAAAAGAGAGAGAAAGACUUCUGUAGCAUCAGAUGGAGAUGAUGUCCAGUAUGUUUGUGCUUUAAAGGAUGGAAAAAAUGUGAAUGAUGAUCAAGAGUGCAUUGAAAUCUGCACACUCAAACCUGUGGUGGACUCUCAAGAAAAGCCUUUGAACUUAUCUAUUGGCACUUCACAAGAAUGUUCAGUGGUUUCAACUAGAGGUCUGCUAGCACCCAGCACCUGUCCAUUUUGUACUUACAGAACAUUUUAUCCAGAGGUCCUAAUGAUGCACCAGAGGCUGAUGCACAAAUACAAUCCUGAUACUGUUAACAAAAACUGCAGUAGAGGCAAGGCUCUAGCUAAAGCCAGACGCACUGGAUGCCCUCCAGCUCUGCUUGGUAAAGAUGUGCUUCCUCUGUCUUUUAAUUCUAAAAAAAGUAAGGCUUCCCCAUCUACGCAGCAAAAACCGUUGCAAACGGGGAAAGCUAAACAGUGUCACCCUCCACAGAACAAAGUCCCUGUCUUUUCAGUGACUGAUUCAAGCAGCACAGCCCCAAGUAACCUCAAGUUUCAUAAACAGCAAAAUAAUAUUGGAGCUCAGGCAAAUAACUAUAGACAACCUCAGCAAGAAAUGCACUCCAGUUCCACUAUCUCUCCAGUACUGGACAGAGUAAAAAGGUCUGAAUCUAAAGUAAAAUCUCCAAGUGUCCCAGUGUCUCAGUCUGGUCUAGUAAGCAGCGGUAUGAAUGGGACUCUUGACUCUAACCUAAAUGAAUCUGCCUGGUCCUGUCAUCGAGGAAGAGACUAUCAUUGUAGUAAAUCUGUGAGCAGUGUAAAUCUAGAUUACGGUGAAACAUCAUCUAAACGAAUGAAACCUAACCCGUUAGCUGUUGAACAUAUUGACUCUCCAAUGGCUAAUUACAGAAGAUACGAAAUGCGCAGAUUUCAUGUUGCAAACAGAUAUGCAAAUCUGCUACCUCAGGAAUGUUCUCGCACCAAACCUGCAUCCUCUGUUUUGCCAACCAAACAAGGGCUUCUGAAUUCGGACGAUGUUGAUCCUCCUAAUGCAUUGACUGUUCUCAAACCUUAUGAGCCAUAUAGCUCUGGAUCACUUUACAGUUCUUGUGGAUCUAGCAAUGGCCAAGUAAACACCUCUACAGUAGAAGGAAAGAGAUCGGUGUCAUACCAACACUUAUCUAGCAGUGUGCUACAAAAGCGAAGUUACGAAACUUUCAUUGGUAAUGCACACUAUCGACCAAGUGACAAGAAGAAUUAAUAAUUUACUUCAAGAAACGGUCUAACGACACAAGUGCAUGUUUUAUGGAAUUAUACCUGCAGUUCAUCACUUGAGGAAAAAUGAAUGGUGAAAGCUACUGAACUAAGCUGUGAUUGUACUAUAUAUAGAAACACUACAGUUUUAUAAUACUGGUUCUGUUAACAUUUUGUACCAAAUAGCCAUAAAAAGUAGUCUAAACAAUGGGUUAUGAAGGUGUGUGGAGAAUGUAUAUCUUGACAUUGAUUUUUGAGUAUUUUUCAUUAGAGUUAAUUGACCAAAUAUUAGGUAGGAAUUAUAUUUUUACAUACUUGAGCGCUGCUGAAGAGUUUCUUGUUGAAAAAAUAUAUAAACAUUGCACCUCAGGUAAACUAUAAAUGCUGAAGUUGAAAUAUUGUUGGCUUAAUGCUCCUUUUUCAUAAAGGUGGAAGUU